AUGUCGACGCCUGAAGAAACGGAAACUGCGAAGAUGACGGCAGCACAAACAAAGUUGGAAAUAAGAAGACUCGAAAUUCAAGCAGAGAAAGAGGAAAAAGAACGCCAAAUGAAUUUCGAAAGAGAAAGGAUGACGAUGGAAGUGGAAAGAGAAAAGAUGAGAAUGGACGCCGAAGAAAAGGAAAGAGAACAUCAAAGGGAAGUGGAAAGAGAAAAGAUAAGAAUGGACGCUGAAGAAAAGGAAAGAGAACAUCAAAGGAAAGUGAAAGAAUUGGAACUAGAGAUUGAAAAAGCAAAACUUCAAAAGGAACGGUGUGAGACAAAUUCUAACCCUGUGCCGUUUAGACUGAAACUUCAACCUUAUAAUCAUACUGAAAGUGAGGAUAUAGUGACAUUCUUAUCAGAGUUUACUGCUUUAUCAACACAGGCUGGAUGGACAGAAGAAGUAAAAAUGCUACAGCUGAGAUCCUUGUUAACAGGUGAGGCCAGAGAGGUAGCUAUUCAAGCACAUGGGUCAUUUGAAGAACUUUGUAAAGCCCUAAUGGACAGGUACGGGAAAAGGCCCUACCAAUAUUUCAAGCUAUUACAGACAGCCCAAAGGGAACCUAAGGAAACAUACAGAGGACUUAUGGCAAGAAUUGAACAAUAUCUUACUAGAUUUGUGGACUCAGUAGAGGAUGUCAUGGAAAAAUUCAAAGAGGAAUAUUUUCUUAGUGCAUUGCCAGUGUCACAAGCACAAUGGAUACGCCGUAACAAAGGGUCAAGCAGUGUGGUUGAAGCCGCAGAGGAUUAUAUUCUACCUGAACGGAAUAUAAACAAAUCAACGCAAGGUAAAAGUAUAAAUGGAAAAACUUUUACCUCUGAUCGGGACCAGAGAAAGGAGCAAUCGACAGAGCAAAUGAAAAGUGUGCAGUGUUACAAUUGUAACAAGUACGGGCACUUCGCGAGGAAAUGUCCAAAAAACAGAGAAGGUAAAAAUCUUGCAGGAUUUUUAGUGCGACAAUACACGGGAGGACUUAUCCAUGUCCCAGGAGAGGUCAAUGGCCGUGAUAUUAGUUUCGUGAAAGACACUGGGUCAGCGAUGACCUUGAUUAGGGAAGAUCUGGUGGACCCAAGUUGUGUAUUGGAGGGUCAGCGGGAGACGCUGUGUACAGCGACUGGACAGCCGUUUUCAGCCAAACUGGCUAUCGUUGAUAUGGACACGCCAUAUUAUAAGGGACAUGCUCAGGUCGGAUUAGUGCCUGACCUUGUCGCUGAAGCCCUGUUGGGGGUAGACAUCAUAGAGAGACAAUCAAAGGCUGUGAAUGUUGUUACGCGUGCACAACAUCGUAAUAACAUUGCUGAAGAAAGGCUAGCUGAGGACAAGGCAAAGGAAUGCCAUGUAAAAGUUGGAAUGGGCCCCGACACGGACCAAGUGGAUGCCAGUAAGGGAAGUGAUGUUGGACAGGCGAACGAUGUGGACCUGGACCAUGGCGAUGGCGUUGGUGAGGACAUUGACAACAUCAGUGAGACUGUAUCCCACAGCAAUGGGGAUGAUACAGUUAACAUCACAACAGAGGAACCGCUUGAACUUUCUGCUGUAAAUGCUGAAGUGCUUAGUAAGCUUCAGCAGGAAGAUCCAACUUUAGCCAACAUUCGGAGAAAAGCUGCAAGUUCAGAGGAAUCUGUGCUGGAAGAUAGGAAUGCCCUGUACUGGGAAAAUGGGAUUCUCCGUAGGAAAUGGGAGUCUAGUGAUGGAGCCCAACAUGGAGUCCAGGUAGUACUACCAGAGGCACUACGUCUCAAUAUCAUUAAAUUGGGACAUGAUAGACCACUUGCGGGACAUUUAGGGAUAGAAAAGACCAAAGAGCGUGUCGUUAAUUCGUUCUAUUGGCCAGGAAUUUUUAAGGACAUACAGGAAUACUGUAGUACUUGUAACGUAUGUCAAAAGACCGCCAGAAGACGUGGUGACGAGAAAGCUCCAUUAGGACAACCACCGAUCAUUAGUGAGCCAUUUUACAAAAUAUCUAUGGAUGUUGUUGGGCCACUGUCUCGAACAAAGAAGGGGAACAGGUUUAUUCUUACCGUUAUGGAUGACGCAACAAGGUACCCAGAGGCUUUUGCAUUAAAGAAUGUGGACGCAGAAACCAUAGCUAACACAUUGGUGGAACUGUUCAGUAGGGUAGGAGUGCCUCGUGUUAUUCUGACAGACCAGGGCACAAAUUUCACCUCAAAAAUGAUACAAGAACUCUACCGUGUGAUGGGAAUCAAGGGCAUAACCACAUCGCCAUAUCACCCACAGGCUAAUGGGAAGGUAGAAAGAUUUAACGCAACUCUCAAAGCUGUGUUAAAGAAACUCUGCACGUCAAAUCAGGAAGCCUGGGACGAGCUUUUGCCAUAUGCAUUGUUUGCAUAUAGGGAAGUACCCCAUGAGGAAACGGGAUUCUCACCAUUUGAGAUGCUAUAUGGAUGGCCGGUCAGAGGACCAUUACAGAUUUUAGAGCAAGCCAUGACAGGUGAAGGAGAGCUUAGAAAAUCUGUCAUUGACCAUGUUGUUCAGAUGAGAGAAAAGCUCGCAAUGGUUAGAGAAACAGUACAGGAAAACCUGACAAUCAAACGGCAAAAGAUCAAAGAGUGGUACGACAGAAGCGCCACAAAACGGGAACUUCGACCUGGGGACGAGGUUCUACUAUUACUACCAUCAGACACAUCAAAAAUGGUCGCCCAAUGGAAAGGACCAUAUAGGGUCAUAAGGAAAGUCAACGACGUCAACUAUGAGGUCAAUGUUGGAGGACGUCGUAAACGAGUUGUUUAUCAUAUCAACCUACUACGGAAGUACAAUAGAGCUGUCCAAAACGUCAUGUUUGUCGAAAAGGUUGACAUCGCCGAUUCUGAUUUUGACGGUUCUAAUUCAACAUUGGAGGUAACACUGGAUGUUACACUUGGCAAAAUGUUAGAUAAGUCACAGCGCCAAGAAAUCCGUCAGCUUUGUCAAGAAUACAGUGAUGUCAUAAAUCCUAAUCCAGGAAAAACAUUGUUAGUUACGCACAGCCUGAGGACAACGUGUGAGAAACCAAUCCGACAACAGCCAUACAGAAUUCCCCAAGCCAAAAAACAAGAGGUGAAGAAAAUGUUGGAUGAAAUGAUAGAGCGUGGUUAUAUAACACCUUCCUCAAGUCCAUACUCAUCUCCAAUAGUUUUGGUGGAAAAGAAGGAUACUACAACUCGGCUAUGUGUGGAUUACAGGAAACUCAACGACGUAACUGUAUGUGACGGGUACCCAAUACCCAGGGUGGACGAGAUAUUUGAAAAGCUAGGCAAAGCUCAAUACCUCAGCACUAUGGACCUAGCAAAGGGAUACUGGCAGAUACCUCUGUCUCCAGAUUCACAGGAAAAGUCAGCUUUCGUAACUGAAUUUGGACACUUCCAAUUCAAGGUAAUGCCUUUUGGUAUGAAAACAGCGCCUGCUACAUUUGCAAGAAUGAUGGACAGACUGUUAGCAGGAGUAGAACAUGUGGUCGCUUACUUUGAUGAUAUAGUG